GCAGUGUUAGAGCAGCGACUGACAGACAGACAGACAGACAGACAGACAGGAGCGGAGUGAAGCAGCAUCCAGCAUCAGCAGCUCUGCAGGAGGGGACCGAGGCUUAAAGAGAAGAGGACACUGCAAUGUUUUACAUCACUCCAUGAGCCAAAAACUGAAUUGAAAUGUUUCAAGUGCUGAACUGAGUAGAAUAAAAUACGUUGCCAUUUACAAAACAAAGCAUCAUCCAUUAAUUUGACUGUGUUCCUCUCUUGAAACAUGGCGUUAGUGUUGCCUUUCCUGCUACUGCUUCUGCCAAGUCCUGCCCUCUCCAGUCAACAUCUGCAGGCAGGAGCUCAGCGUGUCUCCAGAGACAUCCAACCCCAGCCUUUUAAACUUGUUAUUUCGGACACAUGUGCACAAGAUGGGGCCAAAGAGAGAGAGAUAGACUGGAAUCCUGAUUCUCCUCUGGUCUUGACCCAUCAGAUCCGUCUGGUGCCAGGGUCAGGAUCAGCUUGUGGUCAGUGUAAGCAGGACUUUGCAGCCUUGCAUGAGCGUAUUGAAAGACUGGAGAAGGAGGUGUCGGAUCUGAGGGAGAAAUGUGGAGGUCCAGAAGGAUGCUGUAGCUCCCAGCAGAGCAAAGGUGCGGUCUGUACCACCAUUCGUCCCACUAUCGAUGAGUGUCCGGAUGACUGCAGUGACCAGGGUCGCUGUGUAGAUGGCAAAUGUGUGUGUUUCACAGGAUUCAGUGGGCCUGACUGCAGCGUGGCUGACUGCCCUGAUGACUGCAGCAGCCGGGGCAGAUGUGUGAACGGCCAGUGUGUGUGUGACCCAGGCUUUACCGGCCCAGACUGCUCCUCCAGCACAUGUCCUGAUAACUGCAACGACAGGGGCCGCUGCGUGAACGGCAGAUGUGUGUGUGACAGAGGCUUCACCGGGUCUGACUGCAGGACACAGAGCUGCCCAGACAACUGUAACAACCGAGGCCGCUGUGUGAACGGACAGUGUGUGUGUGACUCAGGAUUCACUGGUCAGGACUGCUCUGAGAUAUCCUGCCCGGGAAACUGUAAUGGCAGAGGCCGCUGUGUGAACGGACAGUGUGUGUGUGACUCAGGAUUCACUGGUCAGGACUGCUCUGAGAUAUCCUGCCCGGGAAACUGUAAUGGCAGGGGCCGCUGUGUGAACGGACAGUGUGUGUGCGAUCCUGGCUUCUCUGGGCCAGACUGCUCUGAAGAAACAUGUCCAGAGGACUGUAAUGAUCGUGGACAGUGUGUAAACGGGAAGUGUGUGUGUAAGAGCGGCUUUACGGGUCCCAACUGCUCGUCCAGAUCUUGUCCUGAAGACUGCAGUGACCACGGCAGAUGUGUUGACGGCCGGUGCGUGUGUGAUGGCGGGUUUACAGGACCAGACUGUUCGUCCAAGGCUUGUCCCAAUGACUGCAAUAACAAAGGCAGAUGUGUUGAUGGAAAAUGUGUCUGUGAUGUGGGCUUCUACGGUCAGGACUGCUCCAUCAAAACCUGCCCCAACAAAUGCAGUAACAAGGGCCGCUGCGUGAGGGGCCGCUGUGUGUGUCGCCGGGGUUUCUCGGGGCCUGACUGCAGCAAAUGUCAGUCUGGGUUCACAGGGGAAAACUGUGACACUGCACUGGCGGGCGUCUCGGGUCUCAGUACCAGGGACAUCACGGAGUCAUCUGUAACUCUGUCCUGGACUCCACCUGCCGUGGAGUACGACACCUACCACAUCUCCUUCUCCAGCAGGAAAGAAACAGAUCAGAAAAUAAGCUCCAAAAUCAGUGGCAGACUGAGCAGCUACACUCAGACUGGAUUGGCUGCUGGGCAGGAGUACACAGUGAGCAUCACUGGAGAGAAAGAUGGCAUUUUUGGAACAGAGAGCACAGCCGAAUUUACCACAUUGAUUUCUGGACCAAAAGACUUCCAAGUUGUGAAGACAACCACUACAUCAGUCACUGUCCAAUGGGAAAAGGCACAGGGGGAGAUUGACAGGUAUGUCCUCUCCGUUGCACCCAAUCAGACAGAUGGAUCAAGCAGACUUCCAGAGAUGCACCUGCUGCCAGAGACAGAUUCAGCCCAGAUCAACAGUUUGGAGCCAGGCCGCUUGUAUGACAUCUCAUUAGUGACGGAGAAAGAUAGCCUCCGGAGCCUACCAGCAACCGUACAGGCAACUCCCGGCCCUGAGCCUCCAUCCAAUCUUGCUUUCAGCGAUGUGACUGACAGCUCUUUCAUGGUGUCCUGGACCAAACCGAAGAGCAAGGUGUCUGGAUUCAAGAUUACAUACACUCAUGUGCAAGAAGGUGAGCCGAUCUCUGUUAGUGUGGACUCAGAAACUCUCCAGCUUUCUCUCUCACGGAUGUCUCCGGGCUCCACCUAUGAGGUCCAUGUGAUGUCUGUACUUGGACAAGACGAAAGUGACUCCAUCCAGGAUACUGUAACCACUUUGCCCGACCCACCAACAGACCUGAGAGCCAUAAACGUCACAGACAGUAAAGUGCUGUUGCUGUGGAGACCCGCCUUGGCAGCUGUCGACCACUAUGUCAUUGUGUAUAGUUCUGAGGAAGCUCCUGGGUCUGGAAGAACCGUCAGAGUGUCUGGCAACGCUGCAGAAGAGCAGCUGCAGGCGCUGCAGUCCUCCACACGCUACAGAGUGAGCGUUCACAGCCAGCUGGCAGACCUGAGCAGCUCCAGAGCAACCACAGCCUUCACAACAUCCAGCGGUAAAAAAAUGGAUGGUCCUCGUGAUCUCAAAGCCAGUCAGGUUACUCCUCGUACUGCGCUGCUGUCUUGGAAACCACCUGUAUCAACCAUCAGCAGUUACAAGCUCAGCUAUCACACGGAUGGCCAGGACAUUCAGGAAGAGAAUCUUGGCCCCAUGGUCAAGGAGUUCAAGUUAACCAGACUGUACCCAUCGUCAACAUACACAGCUCACCUGCAGGCAGAGCGGGACGGCCUGUACACAAGCAGCGUUUCCACAGACUUCACCACCGGGACCCUGCGGUUCCCCUUUCCCACUGACUGUUCCCAGGAGAGGCAGAACGGAGCCCUGCAGUCGGGUGUCGUGGAGGUGUUUCCACAGGGCCGGGGAGGGAAGCCACUGAUGGUUUACUGUGACAUGGAGACUGAUGGAGGAGGCUGGACGGUUUUUCAGCGAAGAAAGGAUGGGAAGACGAACUUCUUCAGGAGCUGGCGUGAAUAUAGCAGUGGAUUUGGAGCGCUGGAUGGGGAAUUCUGGCUUGGAAAUGAGCAGCUUCAUAACUUCACUAAGAUGAGUCCAAUGACCCUGAGAGUAGACCUCAGAGCAGGAGACGAGACCGUUUACGCACACUAUUCCUCGUUCUCUGUCGAAAGUGUGAAAAAACACUACACCAUCAGAGUGUCUGGAUAUUCUGGCACAGCCGGUGACUCACUGACGUACCAUGACAGACGACCGUUCUCCACGCGGGACAGAGACUCUCAGCCGUUCAUAACGCGCUGUGCCAUGUCCUACAGAGGUGGCUGGUGGUAUAAGAACUGCCACGAGGCCAAUCUCAAUGGCCUCUAUAACACAAACACCAACCACCAGGGAGUGAUCUGGACAGAGUGGAAAGGCAAAGAUUUCUCCAUUCCUUUCACUGAGAUGAAAUUCCGCCCAGUCUCGUUCAGGCCCUGAACUCAAGGAGAAACACAUUAGUGCAGGAGAGCUGGGAUGCCCUAAACCUAAACACACCAUCAUUGAAAAGCAAGUAUCAUUACACCGUGUAUAACCACACAAUCAGUCUACAUAAUUACAUCUAUCUACUUACUCCAACUGAAUUAUAUCAAGGCCAAAAAGGCUGUUUAUCUGUAGUCUAUAUGUAGGAUUGUACAGUGUUUGGAUUCUUUGUGCCCUGUGCAUUGUGACACCCCACAGCAUUACCAAUUUUAUGCACUGCCUUCUUCUCUACAAUGAAGCUGUGGACUAGGUGUCACAUAUAUAAGCUACUACUAUUAAGAGUGUGAUCUUUGUAUUCAUAUUGCUUUGUAUGUACCAUAUUUCAGUGUCUUGCAGAAAGAUUUCAUAAAAUUAAAGAACUUUAAGUUGG